AUGGCUGCGAGGAACGAGAGUGGACGACCCCGGGAGGACGACAUGGCAUUCGAUGAGAACGACACAGCCGGCGACGAGGACCAUCUAAUAGCCAAAGAGGGCAGAAGUCAUGAUGGGGCAAGACGAUAUGAGGCACCUGCUGCUCGCGAACGUCCAUUCAACAAGUACCUGGUGAUCUUGUCUGUCAUGCUUGGUGUCGUGUGUCUUGGUUUGAUGGCGGCGUUGUACUUUGCCACAAGAUCAGAUGGAGGGAUCAAAUCACCCAUACCAACCAUGCCCAAGAAAUUUGUCAAGUUCGAACAGAACCCUCUGUACGCCGGCCCUUCGACCCAGGAGAUCGAUCAAGCCUGGGGGUCCCUCACACCAGACGGCGACGGCUUCCUCAUCAUCGACAACCCCCGGACCUACAAUCUCCCACCCGGCAAACAGACCUCCAAAGGCGAAGUCUACGACGUCUCCCUCUUCCACCAACUACACUGUCUGACCAACAUCCGGAAGCACAUGAUCCUUUUGACGGGCGCUCUCGGAAGCAACAACACGGAGCAGAUCCAGAAGGUCUUACUGGAUCCAGAGGUUCCGCAUAUGUAUCAUUGUCUGGAUUAUAUCCGGCAGGCGCUGAUGUGUGCGGGUGAUCUUACGAUUGAGUGGCCGAGGGAGGAGGAAGACGGGAGGAGGUUUGCUUUUGAUGGAUGGGGAAUUACUCAUGAGUGUAAGAGUUGGGAUGCGAUUAUGAAGUAUAUGGCUGACAACGAUAUCAUGGGUGCUUUCUGA